ACUGAAACCUAAUGAGACAGUGUCAAUGUUAAUAUACAAUUUUGUUCACACUUAUAUAUCAUCAGAUGCUUACUUACCAUGUAGAGAAUAUUUUGUAGGGUUUUUAGGCUAAAAUUGUUUUAACACAAGUCAUGAUAUAUACUUAAUAAGGUUUUAGAUAAAUGGAAAUAUGUUUCGAUGCAAAAGUAUUAUAUAUGGUAAACUAAAUCAGUCAAUAGUAAAACGAUUUUUUCAAGAAAACUUUAAAAGAUUUACAGAAGAAGAAGCUGCAUAUAAUGGAGUUUUAUUGAGAGUCCAUGAUACCGAAAACUAUGAUAAAGAAAAAUUUUCCACAGACUUAUUAAAACUACUUGAAGUGUGGAAAAGUUCGCAGAAAAGGAGUGCAUUCUUGCAGAUUCCAAUAUCUAUGAGUCAUUGCAUCUCUGUUGCAGCAAAACUAGGCUUUGAAUAUCACCAUGCUACAGGAAAUGUGGCUGUACUUUCCAGUUGGCUAGAAGAACAUACUGAUAGUAAAAUACCAUCAUAUUCUAAUCAUACUGUAGGUGUGGCAGGAGCAUGCUAUAAUGAAUUAACUUCUGAAUUGCUUGUGGUGCAGGAUAAGGGAAUGUAUUCAAAAUGGUGGAAAUUUCCUGGUGGUUAUUCAAACAAAGGAGAGUUUAUAAGUGAAACAGCAAUAAGAGAAAUUAAAGAAGAAACUGGAAUAAUUGCUGAAUUCAAAUCUGUUUUAUCACUACGUCACCUACAUAAUGGUUUAUUUGACCAAUCAGACAUUUACUUUAUAUGCCGACUUCUUCCAAUUACGUACGAUAUCAAACAUUGUACAGAUGAGAUUCAAGAUUGUAGAUGGAUCGAUCUCGAUACUCUUUUACAUAUGACUGAUGCGUCACAAUAUGUGAAACUAGUAUGUAGAUUAAUACUUGAUGGAAAAUCUUGCGACUUUAAAAAUGUAGAUAUCGUUGAAAAUGAGAUGGUAAAUUGGGUCCUCAAGAAGCGAAUGAAACUUUAUCACAGGCCAUUAAACUAAUAUCUUUUUUAUGAGACGCUGGAAAUAUGUGUAUUUUUUAAUAAUAUUAUUGUAUUUAAUUAUCACAGAAACUUUAUCACAUGCUAUUUUAA